AUGUUCCAGACCCUCCUGGGUGCCCUACCUGUGCAGCUUGCUCGCAUUGCCAGGCAGCCCUCAGAAACAGCAGUGGUAGUCCUGGCAGGUGAAUCGAGCCCUUGCCGACCCAGAAGAUCCAGGGCAAGUAGCAGUGAUGCACUAUGUCCUUCCAUCAGUGGAGAGCUCAUAGGGAGCACGAAUCGCUGCAACUCCAACAGCAGCCUUCCAUGUAACAACCGUAACAGCAGUGAUGGAGUGAAGGAGCUCAUUGAAGUUUGUGCCCUCAUUACACCUGGCUCUGCUGAAGGUGCUGACCUGAGCCUGCCAGACACCACAGUCAUCAGUGCAGAUUGUAACCCAGUGUCUCUGCAGUGCAUCCCAUCGCAAGCACAGUCUGAGUGCCCCGAAAGCAGCACCUCCAUGCAGGAACAGGCCAGGAUCAGUGAGGAGGAGCAGAACCUCUUGGAUGGGGACUUUCAAUCAGGCCUCCAGUCCCAGGCACCGGACAGCAGCACAAGCUCUGAGCCACUCUCUCCAUGACAAGAGAGGAUGAGUGCCAUCUUUACCUUGGGCCUCUCACGCCCUCCUGCCUUUUAUAUAAUAAUAAAAGCACACUCGUGCUCAAUCAA